CACAAAGCAUCGGCCUGGCUCACUCCGGCACUCAGCACUCGCGCCGCGACUAGCCGACGUAACGGGUGUAUAGUGUCGGGUCCGCGGGUGUACUUGUACUGUACCGGGUCCCUGGAUAACACCGCCACUGCACUCAUGAUGCGGCUGUUCAAGCGGCGAUGCUCGGAUCCCAGCCCGCAGCUCGUCAGCCUGUCGCCUCUCAGUCAGGAAGAGGAGGCAGAGGGUAGCAAGCCACGACAGACCAGAUCCGGCCAAGCCUCUCCUGCCAGGACACCAGUGUCCGGCUCCCCCAAAGCCCACAGAAAAGGUCUCUCCACAUGGGGUAAGAAAGUGGGCCGAAAGUGGGAUCAGCUGAAGCGGAGUGACUCCUCUGAGUUGUUAGCUGCUUCACCAGGAAGGAGACGUCAUUGGUCCCCUAACAGUGCUGCUGCCGCCCCUCCUGUCUUGUCGUCUGGUCCUCCCCGGUCCCGCAGGAUCUCUAGGGUGGAGUCUCUCAGAAACUUGUUCGUCAGAGGGGGAGUCAGUACCCCAGUCUCCGCACAGGGCAAGGAAAAGACCAUCAACAACAACAUCAUCAAGAACGCCCAGGAAAACGGAACUGACUGGGUAAAACAAGAGUGUCAGAAAGGCAUUUCAGACUUGUAUCAACUAAAUGAUCUCUUAUUGACCGAGUGCAAAAAGCAAGGAAAAGAGAGUGAUAAGCCAACAAAAUGUAGAAAGCGAGCUCUAACCGAACCUGUACCUGAAAAUCCUCUUGAGGAACACUGCCUCUUAGAAUAUAUCCUUGCUCAUCAAUCAACUUUAGGUAUUGCUGGAAAGGAAACAGAAAACUCAUUGAAAUCACUCAGCUACGAUGAUCUCUUAGCGACUUUUAAAGAUCUCACAAGAAAUGAACAAAUAAACUUUUUGAAGAAAUCAACUGUAUCUUUGGAUGAUUGGAGUUCAGGGAGUUUAGAAAAUCAAAGAUCUCAAUUAUCAGUGUUGCCUGAGGAGAGUUCAUCUGUCUCCCCAGUCCCAGGUAGGAGUAUAGGCAAAAGAAGACUGGUGGAUAACAAAGAAUGUAGAAGCAGUUAUGAAGAUUUGCCAAGAAGAGGAAGAAGAAAUAUAAUUCUGAAACCAAGACCGGACUCAACCCCUGUACUACCUGGCUCACAGAUGGACACAUUGUGUUCCUUGCUGAGUAACCUCUUAGUAGUCAAAGCUGACGAGAGUGGAUACGAGAGUGAUUCGACCAGAGCAGGUUCUGACUCACCAAGGGGUUCAAUCAAGUCUUCUGUAUCAGACGUUCAAACACCAAGAAAGAUAGUAACAAGAACCAACUCAAAUACUUCCUUUAUAACAGAACAAGAAACACCGACCACUGAAACAAAAUCUGAAAAUGUUCAUAGUGAUUCUACAUCAAAGUUAAGUCUUUGUUGUGAAGAAGUAAACGAAACUAAAUGUGAUGAUGCAAAAUUAAUUUCUGGAAAGCUUUCCAAUGAACAAGAAAACAAUGAUGAUGUCUUUUAUCCCAAAGAAGCUCAACCAAACAGCAGUAAGGCAAGAGACUUAAGUCCUGCUAAUGAGACUGAUGAAGAAAAACUCUCCUUUUCGAGAAAGAGAAAUGCGAAAAUAAACAUUGGUAUACGAAGAGGAGACGUGAAAUCCGUAGGACUCUCAUUAGGCUAUCGCAAGCACUCUCCCAGCUCUCAGCCUGAAGAGAGCAAAAGUGAGAGAGUUGUAGAUAGCAAGGAGAUUUCAUUACAGUCGCUUUUGUGCAACAGGUGCAAGUCACCGACAGAAACUGAGACAAGACCUCAGCCAGCUACACAACUCAACUUGUAUCAAAGGUUCCUGAACAAUAAAGCACAGCAUGCCCCGACCAUAACACCAGCUCCUCUGUCAGUAUUGCCGACCUACUCAGAGGAUAAGGAGUUCAAGAGCAUGAGAUUCAAUAAGGACCAUACCGGAGAGCUGGGAGUCUACAUUGAGAGAAAGGAUCCUACUGUACGGUCAGCAUGUUAUGUUAUCUCCUACAUCGAACCAGGAGGGGUCAUGCAUAGAGAUGGAAGAUUCCGCAUUGGAGAUGAGAUAGUGAGGGUGAACGGUUGUAGAAUGAGGGGCCUCACAAUCCAAGAGGCUCGCACCACUCUACGCAACACUCCUGUGGAAGUGGAGAUUGUCAUCUGCCGAGACCCAGACCCUAAACCUACAGAACCCUCUAGUUUUCCCCCUUCCAUACAGCCAGACAAGACCUUCAAGCGACCUCUAGUUCCACUCAGCAGUGCACCUUCUGUUCCUAAGGGCCUCAAAAUAGAAAAAUCCCAAUACCUUAGACAGGUAUCAAUGCCAGAAAUAAAAAUUGAUAUGCUGAAGAAAGACUCAAAAGCAACAGAAGGAGCAAAAAGGCCACCAACCUCCAAGCCAGUCGGUAGGCCCCCGAUCCCACCUGAGGAACCUGCCAAAGCUGUGACUGGUAUGAGAAAGUUCUCAUGUCAGUUUGAUGGAAUAUCACCCAGGAAGAGAACAGAAGCUCCAAGGCGUCAGAGUCAGACACCAAGACCCAAGUCCCUCACUCUGUCAAUGUUUACUGUGACCCUACACAAGGGUCCUGGCUACAAGUCUUUGGGCUUCAGUAUAGUUGGAGGCCAAGAUUCUCCGAAGGGCUCUUUGGGAAUUUUUGUGAAAACCGUGUUCCAGUCCGGACAGGCUGCUGAAAACGGGAACUUAAGAGAAGGUGAUGAAAUAAUUGCAGUAAACGGAACCACACUGCAAGGCCUGACUCACUCAGAGGCCAUUGCAGUUUUCAAAGAGAUCAAGAGUGGACCUGUCAUGCUGCAUGUCGGCCGUAGAGACCAGUUACAGAAACGAACUAACAAGUCAAAAUCGUGCGAUGAUCUAGAUAAAUUCAACUCCUAACAAGAAAACAACACCAACAUAACAAGAAGGCUGUGACAUCUGACAAAUGUGUAUCAUUCACUUCCACGUAUAUCUGUAGAUUAACAACUAAUGUAACAUUACUGUACAUAGCAACUUUGUUCCUAAACUGUAUAAUAUUGUACCAUAUGUACAGUUGUGUGAGGGUAGCUUGUUCAUGCAGAGGCAGAAUGGUGCUCCUAGGAACAUUAUCCAUGCAGCCUAGAAUAGCAUUUUAUAUUGUACUUAACUAAGUUUUAAUGUUUUAUAUUCUUAAAUCUAUUUUAUGUUAGCCUCUUAAAUAACUUGUAAUAUAAAUUGUUAAAUUUUUAUUGGAA